AUGGAUAAGAAUGUGUGUAAAACGUUACAUGAAGUAAAGGAAUGGUUUUUUAAUGAAUUGGGCAGUAAUGAUGAUUAUCAACUUAUAAAUGUUGAACAUCUCAAAAAGCAUUGUAUUAGUAAAUGUGAUAGUAAUUUCGAUAAAAUUGAUGCUGUAUGUUUAUAUUUGUUGGAUCAAUUCUAUAAGCAUGAGGGUUUGCUACCCUCUCCUUCAAAAAGUAACCCCAAUAUUGUUGAUAUCAUUUUUAUAUGGUUAAGUUAUAUGUUAAACAUGGAUAAAACUAUUAAUUACGAUGGUAUAAAGUAUUUUUAUGAAAAUUACAUAACGAAACGUAGUAUAUAUAAGGAUUAUAUAAAUGGGUUAACUGAUUAUGAUAAUUAUAAGGAUCUUAUAGAUAAAAGAAAGGGUUUUUUGGAUAUGGAUAAAAAUAUUGUAUCUAAAUUUUAUGAAGCAUUAAUAUCAUUAUGUAAAUUGUAUAAUGAACUUGGUGAUGAAAAUAAAAAUUGCAAGAAUUAUUUGGAUGAUAAUAAUGAAUUUAUUGAAAAAUAUAAUAAUCUUAAUGAAGAUACUAGUAUUAAUAAAAAUAGUUAUUAUAGUGAAAUAUUGUCUACUUUAUUAAAUGAUUAUAAUGAUUUUAAAAGGGAAUGUAAAGAUAUUUUAUCCUCUUCAUCAGAAGAAACAAAACAAAAUCCUAGACUAAUUCCUGGACAAGAUUCUGGACAAUAUUCUGGACUAUAUUUGGGACUAGAUUCUGAACAAGAAUCUGAAUCGAGUUCUGAAGUUACAUCAUCAAGUUCAUCGAUAGUAAGCAAAUUAAUUCCAGUUUUAUUGAUACUUGGUGCAAUACCAAUUUUUUUGGGAAUUGCUUAUAAGUAUUCAUUAUUUGGAUUUCGGAAAAGAGUUCAAAAACAUUUAAGAGAAAAGCUAAAAAAAUAA